AUUCUCUUCAAACUUUGCUUUGCUCACCAGCCUAUAUCCUUUUCUACUGUUCACCCGUACGAACUUCAUUACUGCAAACGCCAGCAUGGUCAAUGCAAUCCAAUUCCGUGGAUCUCCCGAGGGGAAGGUCGUGCAAACAACGUUCACUCUUCCUGCUAUCCAGGCAGAUGAGGUUCUGGUGCGAGUAACCCACAGUGGACUUUGCGGUAGUGACAUUCACGCGCUCAACAAGCCAUUGGUGCUUGGACAUGAAGGGAUUGGAAUUAUCGAGGAACUUGGCUCCGCAGUCACCCUCUUCAAGGUUGGAGACAGAGUUGGCUGGGGUCCACUAAACUCAACGUGCAGCUUAUGCGAGUUCUGUCGCACUGGCCGGGAUGCGUAUUGUCCAGAAGCGAGGACGUAUAGCAUGGUCGAUUUCGAUACCUUGGGAUCUGUGUGCAGUCAUGCCGUGCGCAAGCAACAGUGGAUCUUCCACAUUCCUGAUGCGCUCUCCUCGGAAAACGCCGCUCCUCUCAUGUGUGGUGGUGGCACCGUGUGGGUUCCUCUGGUCGAGCAGUGCAGACCUUACGAGCGCGUUGGGAUCGUCGGCAUCGGUGGUCUCGGUCAUCUCACCAUUCAAUAUGCCAGUAAGAUGGGUUGCGACGUCGUGGCGUUUUCCUCCACGGAAGAAAAGCGGGAGGAAGCUCUAAAACUCGGUGCGAACGAGUUUUAUGCCACAAAGGGGAUCGAAGAUUACUCUCUCCUAGGCCUGAAAAAGCCAGUGGACCGCCUUCUGAUUACCACUUCCGCGAAGUUGGACAUCGGGAUCUUCUAUCCAAUCUUGAAUCGUAACGCCACUAUUGUGCCACUUUCAGUCGACGGGGGCAACUUCACCGCACCAUACUUUCCAACAGUCUAUCAUGGACAGAGAAUUAUCGGCAGUUGUGUCUGUAGUCAGUUUCUUCAAGACAAAGCUUUAGACUUUGCAGCGCGAAACAAAAUCUAUGUCGUUGCCGAGAGGUUCCCCAUGACAUUGGAAGGGGUCACAGCAUGUGUGGAAAAACUAGCUAGCGGGAAGAUGCGCUAUCGCGGAGUUCUCAGUUGGGAGUAUUAACUACAUCCAUUCCUGUAGUUCUCAUGCUGGUUUGUGUACUAUUUCCACUUAUCAUCUAUUCUAUAAGUGGAGUAGGGAAAUACAAAAGCGUUGCAAAUAUGCUGCUGCCUACAUGCAAAGCUGAGACCACCGAGAUAGGAUAAAGCAGUGAAUACAUCUAUGGACUCAACUUUUGUUUCAAGAACUAGCUAGUAGUAUAGUAGCGCAAUAUUCGAUAAUGCUUUAUUUAGAGA